AAGUACAACCCUAACUUUUAUUUUUUUCAGUAAAAAAACAAAUGAAUUGUAAAAGUAGGUGUAGGUAUGUAUGGUAAAAAGUGAAAAAUUCAUAAUAAUUAAGUUGAAGGAGUCCAUUAUUGUUAACUGGAGCGGAAAGGAAAACCCUUGAUACAUGCUAAUGACAGUAACAAUGAGGCAUUCCUGUGAAUGUAAAUGAACAUUAAGUGACAAAAAUAUUAAUACUAGUGUUUGAGUGAAGUUAAAUAGUGUAGUCAACAUGAUGAAGAGUACAUUACCAAAAGACAAACCGGGCAAGAUGCGGAUCAGAGCAUUUCCUAUGACUAUGGAUGAGAAGUAUGUUGAGAGCAUAUGGAGUUUGCUCAAGAAUGCCAUACAGGAAAUACAGAAGAAAAACAAUUCAGGCUUAUCAUUUGAAGAACUGUACCGCAAUGCAUACACUAUGGUCCUUCACAAGCACGGGGAACGACUAUACACUGGACUCAAGGAAGUGGUCACUCAUCAUCUGGAAACCAAGGUCCGAGAGGAUGUGCUCCACUCGCUGCACAACGGCUUCCUCCAGACGCUGAACAACGCGUGGACGGACCACCAGACCAGCAUGGUGAUGAUCCGGGACAUACUCAUGUACAUGGACCGGGUUUACGUACAGCAGAAUGAAGUGGACAACGUGUACAAUCUUGGACUCAUUAUAUUUAGAGAUCAGGUGGUCCGCUACGGCUGCAUCCGCGACCACCUCCGGCAGACGCUGCUGGAGCUAGUAGCUCGCGAGCGGCGCGGCGAGGUGGUGGACCGGCUCGCCAUCCGCAACGCCUGCCAGAUGCUCAUGGUGCUCGGCAUCAACUCCAGAGCCGUGUACGAGGAGGACUUCGAGAAGCCUUUCCUGCAUCAGUCGGCCGAGUUUUAUAGGAUGGAAUCGCAAAAGUUCCUCGCUGAGAACAGCGCGGCAGUGUACAUAGCUCGCGUGGAGGCGCGCAUACAGGAGGAGGCGGAGCGCGCGCGCCACUACCUGGACGAGAGCACGGAGCCGCGCGUCGUGGCCGUGCUGGAGCACGAGCUCAUCGAGCGCCACAUGAAGACCAUUGUGGAGAUGGAGAACUCGGGCGUGGUGCACAUGCUGCUGCACACGCGCACGGCGGAGCUGGCGUGCGUGUACAAGCUGCUGUCGCGCGUGCCGGACGGGCUGCGCACGGUGGCGGACGCCGUGUCGGCGCACCUGCGCGAGCAGGGCCGCGCGCUCGUCACGGACACGCACCACAACACCAACGCCAUCGCCUUCGUGCAGAAUCUCCUGGACCUGAAGGACCGGUUCGACCACUUCCUGCACAACUCGUUCAACAACGACAAGAUCUUCAAGCACAUGAUCGCGUCCGACUUCGAGUACUUCCUCAACCUCAACAACAAGUCGCCCGAGUUCCUCUCGCUCUUCAUCGACGGGAAACUCAAGAAGGGGGAGAAGGGCAUGAGCGAGCAAGAAAUCGAGGCUGUGCUCGACAAGACGAUGGUGCUGUUCCGCUUCCUGCAGGAGAAGGACGUGUUCGAGCGCUACUACAAGCAGCACCUCGCGAAGCGGCUGCUGCUCAACAAGUCUGUGUCUGACGACAGCGAGAAGAAUAUGAUCUCGAAACUCAAGACUGAAUGUGGAUGUCAGUUCACGUCGAAGCUGGAGGGCAUGUUCAAGGACAUGACGGUCUCCAACACCAUCAUGGAGGAGUUCAAGGAACACGUGCUGUCCUCUGGGACGAACCUCCACGGCGUGGACCUGUCGGUGCGCGUGCUGACGACGGGCUUCUGGCCCACGCAGAGCGCCACGCCCAAGUGCAAUAUCCCCACCGCGCCCAGGAACGCCUUCGACGUCUUUAGAAGUUUCUACCUAGCCAAGCACUCCGGGCGGCAACUCUCCCUGCAGCCUCAACUCGGCAGCGCGGACCUGACGGCCAUGUUCCUGUCGGCGCCGUCGGGCUCGCCCCCGCACUCGCCCGCGCCGCCGCGCCGGCACAUCAUACAGGUGUCCACCUUCCAGAUGUGUGUGCUGCUGCUGUUCAAUAAGCGUCCGAAGCUGACGUAUGAGGAAAUCCUGAACGAGACGGACGUGCCCGAGAAGGACCUGGUGCGCGCGCUGCAGUCACUGGCGAUGGGCAAGCCCACGCAGCGCGUGCUCAUCAAGCACCCCAAGACCAAGGACAUCGAGCCCGCGCACCAGUUCUAUGUGAAUGACGCCUUCACGUCCAAGCUGCAUAGAGUAAAGAUCCAGACAGUAGCGGCGAAGGGCGAGUCGGAGCCGGAGCGGCGCGAGACCCGCAACAAGGUGGACGAGGACCGCAAGCACGAGAUCGAGGCCGCCAUCGUGCGCAUCAUGAAGGCGCGCAAGAAGAUGGCCCACACGCUGCUAGUGGCGGAGGUGACGGAGCAGCUGCGCGCGCGCUUCCUGCCGUCGCCGGUGGUGAUCAAGAAGCGCAUCGAGGGGCUCAUCGAGCGCGAGUACCUGGCGCGCACGCCCGACGACCGCAAGGUCUACACUUACGUCGCAUAGGUUAUCACACAGACUCAAGAUCCAAGCGUGGAUGCCAAGUUAGCAGUGGAUAGAAGUAACAGAAGUAUUUAAAUUAUUUCAAAAUAAAAAUUAUUAGUUAUUA